CGUCUCCCUCCAUCUGCAAUCCCCUUGUCUCUCUUCUAAUGCUGGAUGUCUCUCCUAUAACCUCCAUUUGCGACAUCAAUAGCUCUAAGUCAUACAAAUCCCUCCUCCGAAAAUGGUUUAGCUGCAAGCAACCAUCACCAUUGUCCCCUCCCGAAUCCCCCCUUCCUGUUCUUGUUCCUAAACAUACCCUCCGAUAUCGAAUUUCAUCUCUUGAUUAUCAGGACGUUGUUGAAGGAGGAGAUCAGGAGGAGACAAGUACCACAAAUGUCACGAUUCAAAGCUUCAGAUCUUAUGAUGCCAGUUUCUUCAGAAGCGAUAAUGAGGGCACGGGUCCUAGAGAUUAACUUCAAAAGCAGGGAGAGGGAGAAGGAGAGCUAUGAUUCUGCACACAACAACCCUUGUACGCCCAGAAGUGCUUGUCGCAUUAUGUAUUCUAACUCAUCUGGUAUGCUUAAACCGCCACCAAUUGAACAAGACCUUCAAUGCACCCUUGAAGAAUUGUGCUUCGGAUGCAAAAAACAAAUCAACCUCACUAGACACGUCCCUACAAGUUCUAGGGACAUUACGGAGGAGGAGGAAGCGUUGAAGAUAAAAGUAAAGCCAGGAUGGAAGAAAGGAACAAAGAUAAAAUUUAAAGGAAAGCGAAUGGUAGACUUGGAGCAUACGAAGAAGACAUUAUCCAUUGCAUCUCAGAGAAAAGGCACGAGCUGUUUAAAGGCUCUCAUUAGCUCCACAAUUUCAGUACCCUUAUUGGGGGGACAACACAUGGAUUUGAUGACGGGUGAUCAAAUUGUCUAACCUAGGUUUCAAAAGAUAGUCACUGGCUUAGGCAUGCCAAUCUCCCAUGAUCCUGAAAAGAGAGGGAACUUGAGAAUUACAUUCCUUGUACAGCUUCCCACGCAGCUCACCCUUAAACAACGAUCUAAGGUUGCUAAUAGUUUACAGGAUUUUAAUUGAUUCGUGACUUUCUCUGAUGUUUUGCUCUUCCGUGUUUGAGCUUUUCCCCCUUUCUUAAAGUAUAUUAGAAUUUCACAUGGAGAUUCACUUUGUAAAGCGACAUUUUCCAUGUAAAAUUUCAUAGCAGUGCAAAUAGUAUAAAGGGUAAGUUGAAGAA